AUGGAGAAAUUUGGGAUUCAUCUAUUGAUGCUUUUUCAUGUCUAUCUGGUCCCACAAUUCAAAUCGCGUUGUAGCAAAGCCUUGAUCGAACGGUUAACAAUUGAGAACGUAGUUGAUGUUCUUCAACUUGCGAGACUAUCUAACGAACCUGAUCUUCACCUCAAAUGUCUCGAAAUCCUCCAGGUCAUCGAUGAAUCUGAAUUGAAAAGAAGAAGCGUAGGAAAGAACAAAACUUGUAUCUUCAGUGUAAAAGGCUGUGGCAACUCUUCAAACUCCAUUCUUCCAUCUGCAAACUACCUGCUUCAACCCGUAAAGUUCCACUUUGCAGAUGAUUCAAUGGAUGAUAUUGGGCUUGAAGAUUUUAUGAUGGCUGAACAAUUGUCACUAGUCUUCACAAAGGAAAUAGUUAUUCUUCUGAUAGAAUAA